AGACUUGUGUAUUGUUUUUUUCCUACACGGCUAACAGUUUUCAUCAUUAGACAUGAGGUCAGAACUCAAUACAGGUGACACUGGUGAUGAGGAUGACGAUGACAACGAAGAGGUAGGAAAUGAAGAAGAUGACGAAGUCAGUGAUACUGAAGACAUAAUACACGAAGAGUAUCACGAAUCGUCUUCUGAUCAAGUCGACGAAAAUGAUAAUGAAGAUGUUGAUACUUCUACCGCGAAUGAAGGGGUAACGAAUAGAGAAAACAAAGCCGGCCGAGGUGUCCAAUUGAAGGAUGGCGAGCUAGACAUGUCAGUGUAUGAUUUAUUCCGAACAAUGAAGUUGAGUUGGCCUUGUUUAUCGGUGGAUGCUUUUGGAUCGUUUGACCCAGUGCAACACAAGUCGCCUUAUACUCUCACUUUUGUUGCGGGGUCGCAAGCGGACAAAGAUAAAGAAAAUAGAAUUUACCUUUUCAAAUGCCGAUCAUUUGCAAAGAAAACUCAAUCUGAGGUCGAGUUUGGAGAGACGGAAAACGAUAGCGACAGUUCAUCUAGCGACGAGGACGACGAGUCAGAUGCCGACAUUAAUACGACAGAAGACGACGUCGUUCCGAACAAGAAACAGAAAACUUCGAAUGGAGAGAGUAAAAUGGGAGAGGGAAGUGGAGGUAAAAAGAAAAAGGCAAAGCAAAGUGGCAGUGCUCUGAGAAAGAACACGAUGCAUUGCAUUGGCCUGAAACACGAUGGGUGCUGCAACCGGGUGAGGCAGUCCAAAGUGAAUAAGGACACAUUCAUGGUUGCAUCAUGGUCCAGCAAAGCAGUAGUCUCUCUAUACAAUGUCACCGCCUCACUCAAACGUCUGGACGCAUCAAGCAGUAGCUAUGAAACCGAUCCUCAGACACCUGUGAAAGUAUACACAGCGCACAGUACAGAAGGAUAUGGUCUUGAUUGGUCGCCCGUCUCCACCAAUCAGAUUGCGAGUGGAGACUGCAGUGGUAAUCUGCAUGUAUGGGAACUGGCUGAUGAGGGCAGUCGAGUCUCAAAUGUGUGCAAGUUUUCAGGGAGCAGAGGAUCGGUAGAAGACAUCCAGUGGUCCCCAGCAGAGUCCACAGUACUAAGCACCUGUGGUACAGACAGUGCAGUCAGAAUAUGGGACAAGAGGACCCUGACUAAGAGUAUGUUGAGUGUGGACAGAGCUCACUCCUCGGAUGUGAAUGUGAUCGGCUGGAAUCCUCAGGGGGAUCCAUUCAUUGUCAGUGGUGGAGACGACUGUCAAUUGAAAGUGUGGGACCUCCGACAGAUAAGCAAGAGUGGCAAUAGCAGUGGCUGUAGCCCUGUACCUGUGGCCCAGUUUGGGUUCCACAAGGGACCCAUCACCUCGGUCAAGUGGAACCCCAACGAGUCCACUCAGUUCGCUGCCUCGUCAGACGACAACACCGUCUCCAUAUGGGACCUCUCUCUGGAGCGUGACAACUUGUCCUCGAGUGCAGACGGGGAAGAGGGGGACUUGCCUGCACAGCUGCUCUUUCUGCACGAGGGACAGCAGACUCUCAUCAAAGAACUCACAUGGCACAAGAGUGUCGCUCACAUGCUCCUCUCAUCUGCCGAAGACGGACUCCAUUUGUUGUUGCCUAAUAAUUUAUGACGCUAGCUUACAAUACAAUAUUGCUUUGUCUG